AUGGCUCACCCAUCCCACCCACACUCCCUUCACCGAGAGCCAACCAGCUCCCCACAGGGAUCAACGCAUUCCACCGAGACAAGCUCGAUGCACGAAGCCGAUUCCCUCCCCCUCUUAAUUCAACACCGAACCGGUACCCUCCACUCUCCCACUACCGGCCACGCUUUCAUCCACGUCCACCCAUCGCCUCCCGUCAGCCUCGCAUUGCUUACCAAAAACGCGAUCCAAGCGCUCAGAGAGACGCACAACUCUAACAACAGCCAAGUCAUACCCGGGACCGCCAUUGUCGAAUGCCUGACCGUGCAUUGGGGGGUUCCAGCCCAGAGACCCGGUGCGCUGGCUUUCCCAGCUACCACUCAGCUUUCCGAAGAGAAUGUGGAGAUGGUCUUGAGUUACAUGCGUCGUGGUAGAGGCUAUGACUUUGUGGAAAUCCGGUUCAAAGAGCCGGCCGCGGACCCACCGUUGGGAUCUCUUCCAAUCCGCUCUUCUCGGGAGGUCCCACCCGGUCGAUCGAUGAACAAAAAGGAGCAUCAACCCGAUCAGCCGAAGGGUGCUGGAGGAGGAGGGUUUGAAGUACCGCCCGAGCUGGACUAUCGUUCGUAG